AUGGAUCCGGCGCUCAAGGAGUACCUCGACAAGCUCCAUCAGGACGCGAAGAGCGACUCCGCAAGCGUCCUCAAGCAGCUGCAAGCGCAGACGUCGCAGAUCGAAGAUCUUCUCAGCUGGAAACCCGAUCUAGAAGCCCGCCUCACCAAGCUGGAGAACACGGUCGCCCUGAUGCAGAUGGAGAUGAACAACGAUGACGUUGCCAUGGACUCGUUUUCCGAUUCAUCGGUUUGGUCGUCAUCCGACGAUUCGGACAUUGACGAGUUGUUGCAAGACGACGGCGUCGAGAUGAUGAGCCUCCUCGUCGGCGUGCAAGCGAUUGAAGACCGCGCAAAGCUGAUGGAUCAGAGGAGAGGGUCGAAGAUGGGGCGAGUCACCAUCUAUCGGAACCGCGCUCUUGGGCACGAGCAUUUGAUGCAAGACUACUUCGACGAGGUACCUACAUACCCUCCUCGCCUCUUCCGCAGAAGGUACCGAAUGCGCCGUAGUCUUUUUGUGAAGAUUGUCACCGAUUGUGAGGCGGCCUCCCAUUAUUUCAAGCAUCGUAGAUCCGCCGCCGGUAUCAUGUGGUUUAGUGCAUACCAAAAGAUAUGGGCGGCAAUGCGGGUACUCGCCUAUGGCGUACCCGCGGACUAUACCGACGAGUAUCUUCGCAUUGGACAAGAUACAACCACAGAGUUCGUCCGUAGGUUUGCAAAGUUGGUUAUCAAGUUGUAUGGUGAGAAGUAUCUUCGAGCACCAAACGAGGAAGAUACAAAGAGACUGAUGGAAAUCAAUGAAAAAAGGGGAUGGCCGGGGAUGCUAGGUAGUCUUGAUUGCAUGCAUUGGACAUGGAAAAAUUGCCCAAAGGCAUGGCACGGCAUGUAUUGCGGUAAAAGCCGUGAUGCUACCAUUGUGCUUGAGGCCGUAGCAUCGGAGGACACAUGGAUUUGGCAUGCAUUCUUUGGGUUGCCGGGAACACUCAAUGAUAUCAAUGUCCUCAAUAGAUCUCCUUUGUUCAAAAGAUUAAUUUCUGGGGAUGCUCCAGUUUGCAACUACAAAAUCAUGGACAAUGAGUACUCAAUGGGUGAAGGAAAUAUGCCCUAG